CGGGUCCGUCGCCGUCGCAGUCGCCGUCACCGUAGCUGUUGUCCGGUUCGUUGUCGUCAUCGUUGGCGUUGCCACAACUCGGUAUAAAUAUUCAUUUUGACGAAUCUACCUGCGGCUGAGUGGCGCUAAUGAAGCGCACAAAAUGAAAAUGAAAGGACAUAAUUAUGCUUAUGUUUUACGUGUUAAGUGCUUGGCAAGCACGAUUAAGACGGUUUAUCACCCGCAACAGCGGCAGCAACACGAGCGACAAUCACAACAUCAGCAGAGCCAACAUCAGCGCCAACAGAGGCUACGGCAACUGAAACAGCAACAGAAUCAACAGCAACAGCUGCGACGGCAGCAUCAGGAACAAACGCGUUAGACACACUGACACGCCCCAAACAGUGUCACACAGAUACACACUCACACAUAGGCCGACACAAAGAUAUACACAGAUAUAUUCACAUAAUGCUGAAAGCAAUGACGACACCAGCUACAUUGUCAGCAGAGUUCGCCGCUGCCGCUGCUGCUGCGAUGGAUGACGAUGUCCCCACGAGCAUUUUUGAAAUAGAACUGCCUGCCAUUUUGCUCAACGAGAGCCUCUUCAUCGAGCUGAAUGGCAAUCUAACCCAGUUCGAAGGCACGACCACCAAUUUGAGCCAAAUCAUUUGGAAUCGCAGCGAUGACAGUAGCAGUGGCAGUGCAAACGGAAACGGAAACGGAAAUGGAAGCCCCAUCUUCGGUCUGGACGAGCAGCGGCGGGUGGUCAGCGAGCGUGAGGCGGCCGAGUUCUGGCUGCUGGUCAAGAUGAUAGCCAUGGCCGUCGUGCUGGGCCUGAUGAUACUCGUCACCAUUAUAGGCAAUGUGUUCGUUAUUGCCGCCAUCAUACUGGAGAGAAACCUGCAGAAUGUCGCCAAUUACUUGGUUGCAUCUCUGGCAGUCGCUGAUUUAUUUGUGGCCUGUCUUGUCAUGCCGCUCGGCGCCGUCUACGAGAUAAGCAAUGGCUGGAUAUUGGGACCGGAACUUUGUGACAUUUGGACGGCUUGUGACGUCCUUUGCUGCACAGCAUCCAUAUUGCAUCUGGUGGCCAUUGCGGCGGACAGAUAUUGGACGGUGACCAACAUUGACUACAACAAUCUGCGGACCCCGCGGCGCGUCUUCAUGAUGAUAUUCUGCGUCUGGUUUGCCGCCCUGAUUGUGUCCCUGGCUCCGCAGUUUGGCUGGAAAGAUCCGGAUUAUCUGAAGCGCAUCGAGGAACAGCACUGCAUGGUGUCGCAGGAUGUGGCCUAUCAGAUAUUUGCAACCUGUUGCACCUUCUAUGUGCCUCUGCUGGUGAUUCUAUUUCUGUAUUGGAAAAUCUACAUAAUUGCCAGGAAGCGCAUACAACGACGCACACAAAAGUCCUUCAAUGUGACGUUGACGGAAACAGAUUGCGACUCGACAGUGCGUGAGUUGAAGAAGGAGCGGGGCAAGCGGCGCGUGGCAGAGCGGAAGCGGCAAGAGGCUGGCGACGAGAUAUCCGCUGGCGUAACCGAGCCGCAGGUGCAACAGCGGACGCGUAAGCGAAUGCGGAUCUGCUUUGGCCGCAACACGAACACGGCCGGCAUCUGUGCCGGCUCGGAGGGAGCCGUUGCUCGAUCCAUGGCCGCCAUAGCCGUGGAUUUUGCCAGCCUGGCGAUCACGCGGGAGGAGACGGAGUUCAGCACCAGCAACUACGACAACAAGAGCCACGCGGGCACCGAGCUGACGACAGUCUCCAGUGACGCGGACGAUUACCGCACCAGCAACGCUAAUGAAAUCAUCACGCUGUCGCAGCAGGUGGCCAAUGCCGCGCAGCAUCAUCAGAUAGCCUCCCAUCUGAAUGCCAUAACGCCGCUGGCCCAGUCCAUUGCAAUGGGCGCCAGCCACCUUACCACAUCCACGGCUGGCAUUCGGUCGGAGGAGGGCGCAGAAGCAGUGGGCGGAGGCAGCAGCCCCGGCAAGGCCGUGGGCAUUGGAAUGGGGACUGUGCUAUCCAGCAUUGCCAAUCCACACCAGAAGCUGGCCAAGCGCCGGCAGCUGCUGGAGGCAAAGCGAGAGCGCAAGGCCGCCCAGACACUGGCCAUCAUCACAGGCGCCUUUGUCAUCUGCUGGCUACCCUUCUUCGUGAUGGCCCUGACAAUGAGCCUGUGCAAGGAAUGCGACAUCCAUCCGGCCAUUGCCUCGCUAUUCCUCUGGCUGGGCUACUUCAACUCCACCCUGAAUCCGGUCAUUUAUACCGUGUUCAAUCCGGAAUUUCGAAGAGCCUUCAAGCGGAUUCUCUUUGGCCGCGGCAAUGCGGCGCGGGCUCGCAGUGCGAAAAUUUGAUUUCAACUGAAGGCCAACGAGGACCAGUAUCUAUAGUUAAGGUGAAACCUCAUAAACAAAAGUCUGGCAGAGCCGUACUCGUGCUCGCAGGAGGAGAGGUCAGUAUCGACAUGCUAUGGAAUUGGCCCAUCUAUAUAGCAUGUAGAUGGAAUAUGUUUUAGCAGCGACAAUCUAAACUAGUUGUAAACAACCCACACACACACACACACACACACACACACCCAUGUGUCCCAAAGACAAGAAUCAGCAAUCCGAUGCAAAACGAAAUUGUAGUCUUAAGUCAAUGCUUCUUAGCGGAUAUACAUAUGGCAUUAUUGUAGAUGAUAGAUACUCAGUAAAUGUAAAUUAUGUAAAUGCAUAUGCAUAUGCAUAUGAUAGAUACUUCUAGUCUUCCCUGUGUCUUAAAGAAACCCAAGUGAAGUAAAGUUUAAAUAUUA